AAUGUGAUCCAGCACAACAAGAGCUCACCUGCAGGCUGAUGGUCAAUAAAGCAGCUGUUCAUCCUGGGAGCUGAGACACACACUUGCGCACAAUGGCCGGGGAUCAACGCAUUGCAAUCAGUGCUCGCAUUAUAGGAGCCGUGCACAGGGACACACCGAAACUCAAGAUGUUCAUGAUUUCUGUGCUGUGGUCUGACGAGACUGAAGUUAUAGUUUACAGGUCCUUCCAGGAGUUCAGGAAAUUUCAUAGGCAGCUGAAAAAGAGAUUCCCUCUCAUGAACCCUUUUAGGAAAAAUGACAGAAUGAUCCCCAAAUUCAGAGGGCAGGCCAGGAGGAGCAGCCAGAAAAAAGGAUCCAAGCGGUCCGUCCAACGCAUGAAGUUCCUUGAGAGCUACUGCGAGAAACUGCUGAAGUGCGAUCGAAGCGUGACACGGUGCUCAGAGGUGACUCAGUUCUUCAUGCCAAAAGACCAUGACCUGCAGCCAGACUUCACCAGGAACAGCAUCAUGAUCCUGAUGUCUGAUGAUCUGCCCGAUGGUGGAGGAGGAGGUGAAGUUUCUCACCAGCCUAGAGGCAACGUCACUCACCCGUUUGUCACCCAGACUUACUGCUGCGUGGCUGCCUAUGAGACAAAGGACACCAAGAAUCGUCCGUUUAAGGUCGUUGUGGACGAGAAGCUGGACGUGCUGAUCAAAGAUCCUGCAGGUUGGUGGCUGGUGGAGAACGAUUCAAAGGUUCUGGCUUGGUUUCCUGCUCCCUACCUGCAGCUAUUGGACGGAGAGGAUGAGGUCGACACUGGAUUCCUGCAUGCAGGCAACCUGUACUGUGCUGUGAGGAGUUACACAACGACCAAGCACGACGAAGUGUCUGUGCCCAUCGGCUCCGUGGUGGAGGUGCUGAGGAAGUCUGACGAUGGCUGGUGGCUCAUCAGAUUCAAUGGCAAGGCAGGUUACAUCCCCUCCAUGAACCUGCAACCCUACAACAAUCCGCGGGCCGGCCUCUAUAACCUGCAGAGGAAGAUUUACAGCUCCAGCCUGAACCUGGCGAGCAGCAGGGAGGCUCCGGCUCCUCGUCGAUCCAGCGACAGCGAUGGAACCGGUCUGCGAAGUGAUACUGCAGAUCAGUUCAGAGAGCGUCUCCACAAGUCCCGAUCCCUGGAUGUCCUCUCUGAGACCCGGACGCAGAUGGAGAGGGAUGCAGAUGAUGCCCGUGAACGCAGCAUGAGCAACACGAGCACCGAGACCAGCUUCUCCGACUUGUCCUCCAGCGGCGAAUCCACCUCCAAUUUAGGAGACACAGGAAGUCCUUUGGCAUCACCUCAGCCAAGGGACAGCAACAUCGAUCUCAGCAUCCCCGACAGACGUGGCUCAGACAGCAGCACCGCGAGCUCUGCCUCUGCAAGCUCCAAUGUUUCUGGGACAUCGGCUGCUCCCAAGGUGCCUCCUAGACCCAAAACAGAGGAGAUCAUGACCCGCUGCACCACCAUGACCCGCAAGGCAGCUCUGUCCACCAAAACCCGGCUCCAGAGUCAGCCGGAGUCCAUCCAUGGACGCUAGGGAGUCACAAUCCUUAGAUUUAUUCAGUAUGCAUGUAACAUAUUCACCAUAAGAGCAUGACAAGAAAUGUGAGGUUUGAAUAUAUCACUAAGUAUAAUAAUAAUCAUAUUAACAAAAAAAAUGUAGCUUCAGUGAAGCCUCUAAAAGAGAUGAAGGAAAUGUAUUGAACUUGUAUUAUUUUCUUUAGCUUUGAAGCCACUUAAGGUAAAUUAAAGUGGUGUGUUUGAACUGAAAAACGUCAUUAUUUACAUUAAACUGUUUUAAGUAUCAUUCUUUAAGUUUUGUUUACAGUCAAUCAUGAAACUAUUAAGCACUUUGAGCACUAUUUACUAUUUCAUUCACAGAAAAAAAGUAAUGCAAUAAUGUUUACUAUGUUAUAUUUGACUAUCUUAUAUACUGUAUUGUAAACAGGGACUGAUUUAAAGUGUCCUGUCAUGUUCUUAUUUCAUUUCUGUUUUGGUUUAAAGAAGGAAUAUGUGUUCUGAUGUCCUUGUGUGUAUAAUGUAGCAUGUGCUGCAUUUUAACCUCUGUAAAUGUCACAUUAACACGUCAAUAAAAUAAAAUAUCCUCUAAAGUAAAAA